ACAGAUUUUUAUUUACAUUAUUUACUUACCGCCCUGCGUUUUUUUUUUUUUUUUUUUUUUUUUUAAAUGCACGGACGCAACUUGAGCAGCAUAAAUGGACGUGACCUGUAGCAUCCAGAAACAGUUUAUUAAAAAUAAUUCUGCAGCGUAAAGCUUCGUUUUAGUUGCGUAAAAUUCCGCAAUUACCGAGUAAAAUUGAGCAGGUAUUUGUGAGCAUCGUCUGUUGCAAAUGUCGAAAGCUAGAACAUUUGUUUUGCUGCGCGCAAAAGCUGCAGUGCAAUUAUAACUAUCCAAUUUGUAAGAUCGCUGGAGGACAGAGAGAAAGCAGCCGUCAUCGUUUCAUAAAUCACAAACGUCAAACUGGUUUUCCAGUGGAAAGGAUCAGAUGUCACUUGUCAGUGUUACAGGUGGACAAGUAAGAAAAAAAAUCAUUGUUGAAAAUCGUUUAGUUUGCAAAAGAAAUAAUAAUAAUAAAAAAAUAACAGGUGGCUUGUGUGUUUCAUUUACCUUCUGUUUUACUUGAUAAAGAUGUGUGAGGCUGUCUUUUUUACGCACGGGGACAUUUUAGUGGCAGCGGGCUGCGGAUCCUCCUGACAGACGUUUCAUGAUGAUAUUCGGCUCUUAACCGAGCAUUUCACAAAGAGACGUUUAGCUCUCCUCAGAUAUUGGCUUCUCGGGAUAAUCUGAAUUCCAAAGCAAAGCUGUAAGCCCCUGCGCCGCUUUGCUCGUUCAUCAAUCAGACUUUCCUGCGACCAAUGAGCAAACUCUGCACGUAAAAUAUCUCUACAUGCCACUUUGAACCGCCAACACUCAAGUGACCCACAACUGUUAGUCCCAUGAGAAAAUGCGGUGUAAAUGUGCACCAGUUGUCUUUGCAGAGAGAGAGGGAGAGAGAGGGGGAGAGAGAAAAGCUGAUGUUUAAAAUACAACCACGCAAUCUAUAUAUAUAUAUAUAUAUAAAUAAAGUUAGUAAUCAGUAAAAAUGUCUAGGGCUGGAGUAAUAUUAAUGCGCUUUAAUGUGACCAGAUAAACACAUUAAAACCGCGCAGCUAAGUAAGAAUGGAAACAUUUGCGCAAAAACGGUACAAAAUACGCAGUCUUAACGUUUAAUUAAAUAUCAAGUCUUGAAUUUAUCGCGUCUUGAAUUUGUUUUUAUUUGCAUUAUUCGUUUUUUAACAUUUAUAAUAGCAAAGUUAAUGCCACUUUUGUCAUCGUAGGUGUUGUCACUUUAUUUCUAUCUUCUUAUGACUCAAACAGUUGAUCAUUUUCAAAAGAAACUUUCAUUUAAAGACUCCAAUGUGACAAUAACUAACGCAUCAUCACGUAUUAUGCGUUUUCUUGCUUUUUAAGUAGUGCAAUGUCAAAGUGCGGAACGAUUCUUACUCGUCGACGAUUUGGGAAGAAAGAGAUUAGUAAAAGUGGUAUUUCCUUUUUUUUCUCCCCCCUCUCUCUCUCUCUCUUUGGUUGCAUGCUCAAGUCCCAUUCUCUGGUCAAGUUCAGUGCGUUGUUCUCCGGACCGGACGGACGCUUCUUAUUGGUAGGUUGCGGCGGUUACAUCACGCCGCUCAUGACGCGCACGUCUUCCUGUUUCCUUCAGCCGCGUCUUAAAGUGGAUCUUAGUGGCGGAGGAGCGCUCCAGCAUCCAGUCCUCUGCAUCCAGUGCGCCUCGGAGACGCACGCACACACAGUCGCUCUCUCGCGCUCUCUCUCCCUUUCUCUCUCGCACUCUCUCUAUGUCUCUCGCUCUUUUUAGUCACAGCAGAGGAUAGAGUGAGAGACCGUCGCGCAGGAGCUCUUUUCAUCUUCUAUAUUUUCCCCAUUUUGUUCCUUUCACUCGCGUCGCUGACUUUACUCCAGCUCUUCCGUCUCUGAGUUAUACCCCCCAUCAUCCAGACCCAGCAAUCCGCGGUGCCCCUGCGUAUAUUCUCUCUUUUUUUUCCCUCUCGCAGGAGUUCAGGUUGUCCCCCUCUUCAUCUAAAAGGGUACUCAAAGGCUUUGAUCCUAGAGGACUGGGUUUGUGGGAUAUGGCCCAAUAGCAGCAGCCCGUGAUGCCGGACCAUGACAGCGACUCCCUCCUGAACAGACAGACCAAGCGAAGACGUGUGGACAUUGGUGUUAAGAGGACCGUGGGUAAUACAGCCUCCUCCACAGCAGCAGCCACAACAGCAACCACUGAUAACAUUGCCCGCGCCAAAGCAGCCAUUUUCAGUGCCAUGAACUCUCUGAGCUCUCACUCUCACCACGGAUCAGACAACGACUCCAUGGAGUGCUCUGUAGUGCAGCCACAUGGUGGGCCUGGCGUUAUAUCAGCCAGCGACAGUGAGUCCAAGUCCAAUGUACUCCGAAAGCUACUGAAGAGGGCCAACUCAUACGAGGACACCAUGAUGCCCUUCCCUGGCACCACCAUUAUCUCUCAGCUUCUCAAGAAUAACAUUGCUAAAAACGGAGGAGGGCCGGAGAGAGGAGAAAGAGGGGACAGGAGUGACAGAGGGGAAUCAGGCUUCCCCGGAUCAGGGCUCUCCAAUGCAAGUUCAGAUGCUCCCCAAGAGGACGCCUGCAGUAAUUCCUCGCAGGACAGCACCCCUCAAGAGUGCUUGUCUCCAUUUGGCCGUCCCCCCGGCCUGGCCACCUUUGACAUUGAACGUCUCAACGAUGAGCACCUGCGUGCCAAGCGAGCCCGAGUAGAAAACAUUAUACGUGGUAUGAGUCACUCACCCAGCGUGGUGGUACCUGCUGCUUCCCGCCAUGAGCGUGACCACGAGAUGGAUGGCGAGCGGGAGAUGGAGAUGGACUGUCCACCUCCUCAGUCUCAGCAGCAGGCCCCCAGCAGCCCACGGGGAGGUGAGGUGUGCAGCAGCAGCAGCCGAGAGAACAAGCGUAAACAGCGUUUGCCUCAGCAGCAACAGCAAAGCUUCACACAGCUGGUAUGCCAGAGAAAAGAGCAGAAGCAGGAGGAGCGGCGGCAACUUAAGCUGCAGCUGGAGGACAUGCAGAAACAGCUACGGCAGCUGCAGGAGAAAUUCUUUCAGAUCUAUGACUCAACCGAUGAUUCUGAACACAAUGACCUCCACAAUGAUAUAGGAAACAUGUCAGAGGACAGCCCAGCAAGGUCUGACACUGGUGGUGAUGACCGGGGAGGAGAUGACUUGCGCUCUGACAAUGAGAUGUCUGACCUGGACCCAGGUCAUUUCCUAGACAGGGCACGGGCAUUGCUUCAGGAGCAGGCCCUGCUGGCUGACCGAGACAAGCCAAGAAGAGAGGGGCUCGGCCGAAGCAAAGGACCGGGUGGUCCAGGCUCCUCCAUGCAUGCCGAAGGUAAACAGCUGGCAGAAACACUGAAGCAGGAACUCAAUUCAGCCAUGACGCAGGUGGUGGACACAGUGGUUAAGGUGUUUGCCAAGCCUCCACGCCCCACACCUCAGCAGGCCUUUCCUCCACUUUCCAUACCACCUGAAAGAUUUCCUACUGCUGUCAAUGGAGACAACCCCAACUUCCACACCACCAACCAGAGGCUGCAGUGCUUUGGUGAUGUCAUCAUUCCCAAUCCAUUAGACUCCUUUGCCAGUAUGUCUGGAAUCCCAGGUACCACCAAUGACCAAACCGAGGCACUGCCUUUAGUUGUGAGGAAGACGCCCAGUGAGCACCACCACCAAUCCUCAGCUGUGGGCGCCCAUGGUGGUCACCACCACCCCGCCCUUCACCCAUCCUCACUCUCUGCCUCCAUGGGCUUCAGCCCACCAUCUUUUAGACACCCAUUUCCACUGCCUCUCAUGGGCUACCCUUUCCAGAGUCCCCUUGGUGCACCCACUGGUGGUUACCCAGGCAAGGACCGUUCCUCACCAGAUUCCAUGGACCUGUCCCGAGAGACCACCAGCCUGAGGACCAAGAUGGCAUCAGGUCACAACUUUGGGCACCACCAUCGCUCUUGUUCACCAGCUCACCCCGGCAGCACUGCUGAGGGUCUUUCCCUGUCUCUCAUCAAGUCCGAGUGCAGUGACCUCCAGGACAUGGCUGACAUCUCACCCUACUCAGGCAGCAAUAUCCAGGAAGGUCUCUCCCCCAAUCAUCUGAAGAAGGCCAAGCUCAUGUUUUUCUACACCCGCUACCCAAGCUCCAACAUGCUCAAGAUGUUCUUCUCUGACGUCAAGUUUAACCGCUGCAUAACCUCCCAGCUGAUCAAGUGGUUCAGCAACUUCAGGGAGUUCUACUACAUCCAGAUGGAGAAGUUCGCCCGUCAGGCCAUCAACGACGGGGUCACCGGAAGCGAGGAGCUGGGCGUCAGCCGUGACUGCGAGCUCUUCCGAGCCCUCAACAUGCACUACAACAAGGCCAACGACUUUGAGGUCCCCGAUCGCUUCCUGGAGGUGGCCGAGAUCACACUGAGAGAGUUUUUCAAUGCAAUCGUGGCCGGCAAAGACGUGGACCCAUCCUGGAAGAAGGCCAUCUACAAGGUCAUCUGCAAACUAGACAGCGAGGUCCCCGAGAUCUUCAAGUCCCCCAACUGUCUCCAAGAGCUUCUACACGAGUAAAUCUCCUCCUCCUCCUCCUCCUCCUCUUUGCUCGCCGCUUUGCGCUUUUAUUUUUGUUUUCUCUGAUUUCCUAGAAUUUCAAAAUGAUAUCCUUGUUUUAUUUUGCCUUUCUCCAAUUUUUGACUUCCUAUUUUUUUUUUUUUGAAUGUAUGAAAGUUAUGGAGUAGCAUUCCCGGUCUGAAGCCUACAGUAUGUGGCAGUUCCUAAAUGACCUAGCUAUUGUGUUGUUGUUCUUAUAUUACAAUGGUUAUUAUAUGUUUUGUUUUUCUAAGAUUCUGAAUUGAAGAGACUCUAAUCUUAUUGGGUUUGUUUUUUUUUUUGUUUUUUUUUUCUUUUUGGACCGUGUGAACCCUCAUCUGUUUUUUGAUCAACACUAAGUCCUCAGAGUGUGGAAGGAGUUCUCAUUUACACUAAUAAGAACAUAGGCUGGGUUCCCUAGAGACUUUCCUCAAGGCACCGAUGGGUGCCCCUUUCAAUCCACAGGGUUUCCAAAUGAACUGUCCCCGCUAAGUGCAAAGUGGGCGCCCAAAAGACAGUGCUACGUCCCUAACAGGGCAGUCUCACACACACACACACACGCAAACUCACACACAGAUGCACACAGAAACAAGGCCUGAAGAGGUAGUUGACUGGACUAAAACUGGACUUGUGGUACUGGUCUUUGGGACUUGGACCGGUUUCUAAUAGCUACUGAGCUCUACCAUUUUUUGAAGUGUGUUUUCCCUGCAAGUAGGGCAUUGUGUUUAUUGGGUGUACAUUAUUAUUUUUGAUUACUACUCUUACUGUUGUUGUUUAUGAUUAUUAUUUGUCAUUACUGCUUGCUGAAGAUUGGCACUUCAAGAUUUGUUUGUCCCUUGAUGCCGUUGCAGAAAAAAACAAUAAAUUAUUGCUAUUAAUAUUAUUCUGAAAGAUUUUUAGAUUCCAAAAUAUUUCCACCCCUCCAAUUUCCUAUCCUCCUCCUUACUCUCUUUUUUUUUUCAACUAGUCCGUCACUGAAGCGGACUUGUUUCGUUGUUGUUGUGGCCGGGGCUAUUCGGCUGGAUUCUGGUUUGAAUCGAGGGCCAUCAGAAGGGUUUUCUCUAUGUACCUGACCAGUAAUGAGGAAAAAAAGAAGAAAAAAAAGGGGGGGUCUGCAGAAAAACAUGAAGUAAAAAUGCAGAAAUAUAGAGGUGAUCAGAAGGAGUGUGGCUUCUUUGCUUUGUGAUAGCCGUCUUUUAAACGGCUAUAUUUCCAUAGCUGCACGACCUGUGAUGACGAAACUGCUCCUGCUGGAAGAGCACUUGUUCAUCAAACUGCACAAUUCUAUUUAUGUAACAAACAUACACGAUAAUUACCGCAUUUUUGUGUCUUUUUAUAGCACUGUUACCUUAGCAGAGAUGAAGUCGGCCUGUAUGCAGCAGGCUUUUAUUGUAAUUAUACUAUAAAUGGUGUAAAUGACAUACUGAAGUUACUUCAAUGGCGGAUGAUACUUGAAUAUAUCAAAUUUUGUGGCAAUCUAAGCACGCUACUGCUCAGACAAUAGACAACCGAACACAAAUGGGUAGAAGCACCGCAAGAGAGGAGGGCAAAUAAAGACGUGAAUAGAAGCUGAAACGCAGACGUUCGUUAAAUCGGGCUUCAAGUGAAACUUCCCCCGCGAACAGCGCGCACACUUACUUUACACACUUAAACAGCUCCUUCCCUCCACGUUCACCUGCCCGUGAGUGAUCUAGCUCCUCUCUCAAUGCAACAAUACGAGGUCGGAGGUGAGCACUCACCCCCUGGGGUAGACGGAGAAGCUCUCAGCACUACAAAGAGCAGGGACAAAGGCGCAGAGCGAGAAGCAACGCGCACCUGAAGCCCCCGCGCGCCGUCCCGCCGUCCCACACACUGGCAGCUUUUAAGAAACCCAAAGUGUGAUCCUGUUCGAAGCCACCGUGCCCGAUUUGUUAAACGGCAUUCCUUACACUUUAACCUGAGAGUCCAAUCCCAGAUUUUCCACUUGAGCUGUACAUGUGUAUAUCUAUUUUUUAUUUCCACCACCCUCUCGGGCUUUUUCAAGAUUUUUAAGAAGCGACUGGUUGUUCAUUUGACGAGUUAGGGCGACGGGUGGAACAGUUCCUACAGUGCGUGCGAGCUGGCGGUUGAUCUCACCUUGGCGACAUUAGCUUAUAGUGUGUCUGCGUGUGUCACAAAAGAUCAAAAGGGGCAGGUCGCUUAACCUGCUGACUUGUCUGAGCGAGACAAAGCGCCCGACAAAAGGAGGCAGAGAAAGACAGAGAGCUACUCCCUUCAUUAUGUCCCCCCCAUCUCCUCCUCCCAGGACAGUGUUCUUCUUAAGAUCCGGAGCCCUGAGAGACUGAGUCGGACACUUUUCUCACUGAAGGACGGGCCCGGCCCUGCACGUCUCAGAGUCUCAAAGCAUCAGCCAAGGGCUCUAAAGCGUCACAGACAAAAGGAGAAGGGAAAGGACACUUUUAUCUGAUGCACAGAUUAUUAUCGUUCCCCACCCUCCUCCGCCUUCCCCGCAACUACACCCUAAAGUUAAAGAGUUCCUGAAAAGGUUAAUUCAGGACAAUGGAAAUUUAAAGGAAAAAAAGGAAAAAAAAAAAAAAAAAAAAAAAGAUUAGCGAGACCUUAAUACGGUGUUGAUGAUAUUUUUGCCACAUUUUUUCUUCUCUGGGGACGUUUGACUUUUAGGAUAACAUUAUUGAAAUACAUAUAUAGCCUUUUUUUAAAUAAUUGUAAAAUAUAAAGCUAUGGGGGAAAAAAAUAUAUACAGUAAAAGUAGUGGAAGUUGUUUGAAAAGCACUAUUAGAAACUGUUUCAUAAAAGAAAUCUCGAGGGUAUUUUUAGUGACGGUUUUGUUAAAAGUCUGUAUUCUGGAUAAGUGGUAGAUUAGGAGCAAUAGUGGUAGUUUUAAUUUUUUUUUUGGGAGGGGAGUUUGGGGAGGGCAGAUUUUUGUGACCAGUUUUUCCUUUUUUUUGGUUUCUUUACAUUUUUCUAAUGUGCUGAAUGGCUGUCUUCUUGAGAUCUGAAAAAACAAAACAAAAAAAAAACUUGGAAUACAUUUUCAGAGUAUGAAAUAUUGUUGUUGCUACUGUAAAUACUGUCGGGCAAAACAAAGAAUAGCUGUACAGUUUUUUUUUUUCUAUUAUCAGUUAUCAGAGCGGGGUGAAAGCGGGUUUAAAGCGACAACAACAACAAAAAAAAGUGUGGAAAAAAGAGAAAACCCCACUUUCCGACUGCACUCUUCCACGAACCUACGGAGUUUUUUUUUUUUUAAAGCUUUUCCCCCUGCCAUGCCUUUAACGGGAGCCUGCUUCCCGUCGGCAGUGCCCUUGAAGUUGCACCAGCAUCCCUUUUCUUUCAUUUAUUUCCUGACAUUAGACUAGCGGUGGGGGUGGCGGCGGUGACAUCGCGGAGCGUCCCGGCGGCAGUCUGCGGACCCCGUCUCGUUCCAAAAACGGGGGCAGACGUCGUAGCUCUGGGUUUGACCCGGGAGAAAGACGGGGAACUCGUUGUCAUCAGGAGACUAUAGUGCCAUGGAAGGGGGACACGUUGUACAGUGACAAAAGACUGAGGACAGAAAGAAAAAUUAUUUUUUUUUUUUGUUUUUGUUUUUUGGAAAAGGUUGGGUAAAAUUUGUUGAAUUCCUGUACGCUUUGCAUUAUGUGUGUGUGUGUGUGUGUGUGUGUGUGUGUGUAGACGUACUGUACAUGUGUGUCUGUGCGAGAGACAAGACCGAUUAUGAGAACCUGUGAACCAGCGAGUGACACAAUUCUCAACACUGUGGCCCCUCCCCCACCCCUGGGAGUACCAUCCUGACAUGUAAAUGAUUCUCAUUAAGCGUUGGCAACAUGUGUUUGGUGUGUGCGUGCGCGUUCCGAUAAUUUCCUCUGAUCUGUUUUCUGACCUGUUUGAAAGAGGUUUUUUGUUUCUCGACGCUUUCGGUAGUAAUUCCUUUUUUUUUUUUAUUAUUACUAUUAUUAUUAUUACUAUUAUUAUUAUUAUUAUUAUUACUAAACUGCUCCUCUUUUAUUGUAAAUAUCAACGAUGUGGACUUACAGUGAUGAAUACUGCCUUUGUAUAACUUAGCAAUAUGUUAUGUAAAUAGUGUUUUGUUGAGGCUUUUUGUAUGACAUUAUAUUCGAUUCUAGUGCAGUAAUUCCAACUGGAACGGCCAUGAAUACAGUCUGAAUAGUUACACAGGUUGUAAAAUAAAAACUCAUGACAUGGCUGCUUUUUUUCUGUUAUUGGUGUCUAUUUGUCUUGCAGAUUUUGUGUAAUUUAUUGGUUUAAUUUAUCCUAAUUUAUUUGAUGUCAUUUUCGUUUUAUUAUUACUUUUUUUUUUUUUUCAAACAGGGAAGGCUGUACCGCAUUUGAAUACGUAAAAACCAACUUCAAAAGAUUUAAUCCUCGUCGACUUAAAAGCGAGUUUCACAAAAUAAAAAAAUAAUAAAUUUAACGUGCAUUGACGGAAAUGAUGAACGGAGAUCUUGGCAGCUAAAUGGAACAGUUUUUCUUUCUCUUUCCUUUUAAAUAAAGGUUGUUACGUUUGACAAGGGCAGAGGGUGGACUAGAAAGCUGAAACUAGUUUGCAGCAGUUUUUUUUUUCUUUUUUUUUGUAUUUUCUCUUGAGAUUUCUUUCCCCUGUAUUGCUUUGGCCCAGCCCAAAAAAAAACGACAAAAAAAAAAAAACAACCAGUAGUCAAAUUGCCUUUCGUGCCUUCACCCUCUAUGAACUGAAUGUAUGUGCAGUAUAUAUGCAAGCUUGUGCAAAAUGAAUAAAAAAUUGAAAUAAAAAUGAAAAAGAGAGUGGGAA